UACACAUGUCCAUAAAAAAACUAUCCAUCUAUAUAAUGUGAAAAAAAUCAAUGCACCUACAGCUCAGGCCAACUUGAGUUUGAGUUUCCUUUCAGUCUUCUCUCCAAUAUCCUCUCGUUUCAUUUCCACUCUUCUACGAUGAGGAUAGCGGUGAUCGGAGCGGGGAUAAGUGGGCUCGUAUCGGCUUAUGUACUAGCUAAAGCUGGCGUGGAUGUGGUGGUUUACGAGAAGGAGGAUAGUCUUGGUGGGCAUGCUAAGACUGUCACGGUGGACGGUGGUGUGGACUUGGACCUUGGUUUCAUGGUGUUCAAUCGAGUCACAUAUCCAAACAUGAUGGAGUUCUUUGAAAGUCUUGGAGUUGACAUGGAGGUCUCGGACAUGUCUUUGUCAGUUAGUUUAGAUGAUGGCCAGGGCUGUGAGUGGGGAAGUCGUGGUGGUUUGUCCGGUCUCUUCUCCCAAAAAAAGAAUGCAUUGAAUCCAUACUUUUGGCAAAUGAUACGGGAAAUAUUCAAGUUUAAAAAUGAUGUUCUCAGAUACAUUGAAGAUCUUGAAAAUAAUCCAGAUAUUGAUCGCGAUGAAACACUAGGUCAUUUUAUCAGCUCCCAUGGUUACUCGGAGUUAUUUCAGAAAGCAUAUCUUAUCCCGAUGUGCUCAUCAAUUUGGUCUUCACCUUCAGAGGGAGUGAAGAACUUUUCAGCCUAUGCAAUUUUAUCUUUUUGCCGCAAUCACCAUCUACUCCAGCUCUUUGGGCGUCCACAGUGGCUUACUGUAAGAUGGCGAUCACAUAGCUACGUCAACAAGGUAAAAGAAGAGCUCACAAGUAGAGGUUGCCAAAUUUUAAGUGGAUGCACUGUACAAUCAGUUACAACAGUUGAUGGGGGUUGCGAUGUUAUUUGUGAAGAUGGAUCUCAAGCAAGGUAUGAUGGAUGUAUAAUGGCUGUGCACGCCCCAGAUGCUUUGAAAAUCUUAGGACAGGCAACUUAUGAUGAACAAAGAAUACUUGGAGCUUUUCAAUACGUUUACAGUGAUAUUUAUCUCCAUCGUGACACAAAUUUAAUGCCCAAAAAUCCAGCAGCAUGGAGUUCGUGGAAUUUUCGUGGAGAUGUAAAUAACAAAGUUUGCCUCACAUAUUGGCUCAAUGUUCUCCAGAACAUUAGUGUGAAAGGUUUACCUUAUCUGGUAACUCUGAAUCCCUCAACUGUACCGAACCAUACAUUGCUUAAGUGGACAACUGGCCAUCCGGUCCCCAGCGUUGCUGCAUCAAAAGCAUCACUUCAGCUUGAUGACAUUCAAGGGAAGAGAAGCAUUUGGUUCUGUGGAGCUUACCAAGGCUAUGGAUUCCAUGAGGAUGGAUUAAAGGCUGGUAUGGUUGCUGCAAACAGUGUAAUCAGAAAGAAUUCUACUCUUCUGAGAAAUCCCAAGCAUAUGGUUCUUUCCACAUUAGAAUCUGGGGCACGCCUCUUUGUCACUAGGUUCCUUCGAAGCUUUAUCACUACCGGCUGUUUGAUCUUACUGGAAGAAGGAGGAACAGUUUUCACCUUUGAAGGGACUGCAAAGAAAAGUUCUUUGAAGGUUUAUCUAAGAAUUCACAGUCCUCAGUUCUAUUGGAAGAUCGUCACACAAGCUGAUUUAGGCCUUGCGGAUGCCUAUAUUAAUGGCGACUUUUCAUUUGUUGACAAGAAAGAAGGUCUUCUGAAUCUCUUUAUGAUUUUUAUUGCCAACAGAGAUUUGAAAACUUCUGUGUCAAGAGUAAAGAACCAAAGGGGCUGGUGGACGCCAAUGUUUUUAACCGCAGGAAUAGCAUCUGCCAAAUACUUUUUUCAUCAUGUUUCAAGGCAAAACACUCUUACUCAAGCUCGCAGGAACAUCUCUCGUCAUUAUGACCUGUCGAACGAACUUUUUGCUUUAUUCUUAGAUGAAACAAUGACUUACUCGUGCGCAAAAUUUAAGAUGGAUGGUGAAGACUUGAAAACUGCACAACAAAGAAAAAUCUCUAUGCUAAUUGAGAAGGCAAGAGCUGAGAAGGACCAUGAAGUUUUAGAGAUAGGGUGUGGAUGGGGAAGUCUAGCAAUAGAAAUUGUCAAACGAACUGGAUGUAAAUACACCGGCAUUACUCUUUCUGAAGAGCAACUAAGAUAUGCAGAAAUGAAAGUAAAGGAAGAAGGACUUCAGGACAACAUAAAGUUUCUUCUGUGUGACUAUCGUCAACUGCAUGAAACCAAUAAAUAUGAUCGCAUCAUAUCUUGUGAGAUGUUAGAAGCUGUUGGUCAUGAAUAUAUGGAGGAAUUUUUUGGUUGCUGCGAAUCAUUAUUGGCAAAAGAUGGAAUAUUUGUUCUUCAGUUCAUAUCAAUACCAGAUGAGCGAUAUGAUGAGUACAGACGAAGUUCUGACUUUAUUAAAGAGUAUAUAUUUCCUGGUGGAUGUCUUCCUUCGCUGAGUCGAGUCACAUCAGCCAUGGCAGCUUCAUCCAGGUUAUGUGUGGAACAUGUGGAAAACAUGGGAAUCCAUUACUACCAGACUCUAAGGUGUUGGAGAACGAACUUCUUGGGAAAACAAAGCAAAAUUCUUGCUCUGGGGUUCGACCAGAAAUUCAUCCGUACCUGGGAAUAUUAUUUUGAUUAUUGCGCAGCUGGUUUCAAGACUCAUACACUUGGAGAUUAUCAGGUUGUAUUCUCCCGUCCUGGUAAUGUUGGUGCUCUGGGUAAUCCAUACAUAGCCAUACCUUCAGCAGACCAUUGAAGUACAUCGUCAGUGAAAAUCAUUAAAGUUUACCGAUGGCUGCACGUUGCUGAGGAUGAUAAAUCAUAAAUCAGAUAUCUUACAUGUCAUGAGCAAUUAUUUCAUCAAUUCUUGUUUUUCAUUCUUUUAGAUUGAUUAGUAGAAGAUGUUAUUCAUUAUAUACUAUCUGGCUAUUUUUUGAAGAAAUGUCAGGAUUUCAGAUUAUUCUUUUUAUCACUGUUGUGAGCAACGGGUGUAGGGAAGAUUUUUGGAUUAUGGAAUCAAACCUAAUGCAUUUUUUGUGCACAUUGUAAUUAAUUUAUCUUGUUGUUAACUUGUCUCACUGUUACAGUAUCAUGGCAGUGAUGAUUUCUAC